UCCCGACUAGCUUAGUGAUGAGGUUCCUCGUGUCAACCUUCACAUUGGCUGCCCUCAUCGUUGUAGCUACAUCUUAUAGCUUCAAGUAUUUGUGCUACUGGCCCGAGAUGAGGCUCAGCGGCACUCUCGACUGCGUUCGGAUACGGGCAUCGAACGAUUUGAAACAAGGCUUGCUUAACCUCGAAGCGGAGACAGGAUGUGAUUCCGGCCUUUGCAUUGUUCUCAGCUUGUGUGCGAAUCCAGGCUUGGAUGAGGGGCUUCGGAAAUUUCUGACCGACACACAGCACGACGAGAUAAGCGAGCUGCUGCAUAUGUGUUCGCCGCUAGAUCGAGCAUCGCGGCCAUACACCGAGCAGUCGAAUAUGCAAUGGAUUUUGGCGUUCUUCCAAUGAAAAGACCAAUCCACGGAAAUUUGUUGAAGGAAUUUUUCUUUUUGCACUAGAUAAAGCUGUGUGCUAAUAUUUUCGUUCUAUAAUAAACUAAGAUGGGUAAAUGAUUAAAGGUUGAAGAAUACAAAUCACUCUAAAGAAGAAAAAUACACGAUCACAAACUCGCACCAUCAAAAUGUAAUGCUACAUUUCUUCUACUCCUCCUUAUUUUCAGGCGAAGGAAGAAAAAUACACGAUCACAACUUCGCACCACCAAAAUUUAAUGCGACUUUUCUUCUACUCCUCUUUAUUUUCAUGCGAAACCUUUAAAACGUUUCCAAGGAAAUGUUAGAUUCAA